UCGGGAGUGCUUUUUGAGAAACUAUCAGUGAACAUUUCGUGAUCAAAGAAAUUAUUUCAUACCAAAAUGAACGCAUUCAUAACUGUCGUACUUUGCGCCGUGGUUUCCGUGAGCAGCGCUUCCUGGUUGGGAGGUCACGCUGCCACCCUUGCAGGUCCAGGAACCCACGGUGCUUUGGUAAAGGGACCAGCAGCCGCUGCUACCGUCGUAGGGCCUGAUGGCAGUCACAUUAGCAGUCACGCCGACGCUGGUGCAGUUGAAGCUGCCCCAAUACCUGGAGGCGUUAUCACUGCUGCAGUUGCUCCGGGACACGUCGACCACGUAGCACCAAUAAUUGCCCCAGCUCCAAUUAUUGCCCAUGCAGCUGCCAUUGUUGCUCCUCUGCCAAUCAUUGCUCAUGCUCCAGUGUAUGCUCACGCAGCCCCAAUUGUUCAUGCAGCCCCCGUAGCUCACAAGACUGGAACUAUUAUCGACGGACCAUCUGGUACCAUUAAAACCUCUGGUUCUGCCCAUGGACUUAUUGCUACUAUUCAUUAAUAAACUAGAAUAAAAUAAAUCUUUGCUAAUUUUCGAA